UAAUUUUGAAUGGAUGAAAUAUGGAUGAAAAUACCCUCAAACCAAAGCUGACAGUUUGCACUUCAUAGUCAUUGUAUCAUUUCAAAUCCAAAGUGCUGGAGUACAGAGCCUCCCAGAAAUAUAUAUAUUUUUCAUUGUCCAAAUACUUUUGGACCUCACUAUAUGUAUUCACAAUGUAUUGUUGUUAUUCCGUGUCCUACUCUGAAUGUCAUCCUGGAGGACUGAAUGUGGCCCCAUGGGCGAAAAUGGAAGAUUCCUGAUGAGUUCCCGAAGACAAAUGUCACAGUAGACAUGAAACUAAUGUACAUCCAUCUACCACUCUGUUAUUUUAUGUUCAUUCUCUCAGGUCCAGUAAGAGGACAUCCGCUGAAGAGAUUUACAGAGAUAUUUAAAGACAUAGAUAUGUUGUUUUUUUUUAAUUGAAAUUUUUAGUAAAAUAUCUAUAUUUGUGGUAUUUAAGCAGAUACUUUUUUGGAAAAUCUAUAAUAUAAACACAUUCCAAAGUAGUUCCUCAAGUGCAAUAUUUAGCAGCUGAUGGUUCCUGUUUGUUUGUGUUGUUACUGUGUUGGUUUGCGUCCUCCGAGCCUUGAAAGAUUUCUUUAAUGUACGAGAGCACUUUUAGACAGCAUGAGAAAUCUUCUUCCCGCAUGCGUGCCAGGGUUUUCUGUUGUGUCAUUUUCGCCUUGAAAUAAAGGUGCCUUAAAACUUGCAGCAUUCAUUUCCAUAGUGAAUAAUGUAUGUCAGACAGACAGGUGCAGUUUCCAUGAAGCAAACAGGUGUGUUGGCAGAGUUCUCAUGCUAACCUCCCAAAUCAGUCGUUUCCUUGGAGGAAUGAGUGACACGGUAAUUGUAUUUUUCAGCACAGCGCUUGUUCUCUUCCUCCCUGCACUUAUGAAAAUGAAAGAUCUUUUGAACCUUUCAUAUCUCUCAGGAAACCACUUAUGUAAUCUACUUGGCUCCAUUAAGCUGUAGCUGCAGUGUGUCAAGGCUGCUUGAGUGAUUCUCUCUAUUUUAAUAUUAAAUUAAUGUCACAAAAUAAAAUAUAAAUGUUCUCUUUAGAUGUCCAUUUUUUGGGGGAUGUUUAAAUGUCAUUGACUCUUCUCAUACAGCAAACAACUACUUUUGCUUAUUUUUCAGUUCUGCCUGCGUCAUUUCCUGCUGUACUAGGUUGAGGUGAGGUGUUUGCUGGAAGUGGGAUUUCGCUGUGGGUCAGAGUCACAUCAGAGGAUGCCAGGGAUCAUGAGGUUGUUAAUGACUGAGCAAUGGGCAGAGGGAGGAAAUCAUUGUCUGAGGUGCCAAAGCCAAUAAAAAUAAACAAUUUGCCCAACAUCUAUCUGUGCCAAACACUCAUCCUGUACUCUCUUGAAAGAAUACAACUUAAGGACUAGCUUGUUUGAUUUUUGCUUAUUCUGUAUUCAUACAUUUUUUGGGGCAGUCUCCCAAUUUGACGUGCCUAUCUAUGAAAACAAAUUUCCCGCAUGUUCAAUGUUUUGAUGUUAGUAGUUUACAUGAUCAUCUCAGAAAUGUUUUCCUGAAAUUGGUGAAGGAGUUCUGAAGAUCAGUUUGGAUGGAAUCCUCCAUGCGUCUUUUCAAGCAUAAUGCGUUAUUACAGACUAUUAUGAGUAAGAGAUGUUCAUCGUAUUCUCAGUUAAUUAACUACUUCAGCAGUUUAUGCCACACUUCCGAAGCUUCUGCCCCAUGUUAUGUUAACGUCUUGCUACAUUUAUCUUAUUCUUGGACCUGGUUGGAUCCUAAAGUGCCCAUACUGAAUGGCCUGUACAACGUAUUUCCUGCUUCCCGUUCCUGGUGGUUCCGUGGCCUUGUCACCACCUUGUCUGACUGGUCAUUUAUGCAACAGCCUUGUUUACUUCAUGAACCCACCCUUCUGAUCUGAAGAGAAUCACCUCUCACUAACCUCUUCAUUUUGGCUCACAGACACACAGUGGAACACUUGUCACCCCAGUAGCUCCCAGUCCUGUGUCUCUGACCAUCGGUAACCAUGAUGCAGGUUUGGAUCCUCUCACUACUGCUGCCUCUCACACUGUCAUUCUCUGGGCUACAUGUUGAUCCUAGCAAAAUUCAUGCUUUCCCAGAGAGACACAUAGCCGGGGUGUUUCUGGUCAGCUACACAAAUGACCUCAACCAGUUUGCCUAUGCCUUUAAUGCCUCUGAGGCCAGGGAGGUGUGCUGGUCUCUGGGUGUAACCAUGGCCUCCAAUUCCCAGGUUGAGGAGGCUCAGAGACUGGGCUUGGAAACAUGCAGGUUUGGGUGGAUUGAUGAACAUUUUGCAGUGAUCCCUCGUAUUGAGGCCAGUAAAACCUGUGGUCAAAACCAGACCGGUGUCAUCAAAUGGAGAGCCUCUGUCACCAAACUUUUUGAUGUGUUCUGCUUCAAUGCUUCAGGAGCGGCCUCACCCCCCUCUACCUCCCUCUCUCCAGCCAUCAUCCAUCUUGUCCCUUCCACACAGUCCGCACGGCCCACCCCUCAUUCUCACUCCUCCCUUCUCUCUCUCAGUAGUUUUUCUGAUAACCCAGAGGAGGUAGAGGUAGAACUACCCCAGUCCAUGAGCAGUGCAAAGUCUUCAAUUGGAGCGGUGCCAAAAGCAUUACUUAUCACCUCGGCUGUUGUUCUUCUUCUGACUGCAAUGGCCGUUCUCUUGCACUUUAGAACGAUCAAUGGCCUCAAGACUAUUCUCCUCUGCUGGGAUGGGGAGCAGCAGAACGAGUACAUCGAGACAGAGGAGUGUGCAGCACACACCUGUAUGAAGGACACAAAGGAAGCCCAGACUAAGGGAGAAGCUAAGGCUGAGCCUGAGGAGGAUGUGUGCAAAGAGACCGCCAGUGACAUCAGUGUAAACAUCAGUGAUGAGACCAACACUGAUUCAGCAUCAGAGACAAAACCUUGAUGCUCUAGAUUAUGUCAAACCAAAGAUAAGGUCAGGCUGCUUUUUUAAAGUUAUGUUCCUGUUUAUGGAAGUUUUGUUUAGCAGUUUGUACAAAGUGUGCAUUGAUGUUAUUCAAAUGCAUUUAUUUAUAGCAUGGGAUGCCUUUACAAUUUUGCUUUAAAAACUGACUUUGUGUCGUUCAUAUUCAAAAUAGAUUGUUCUAGAGAUCAUCCUAUAUUUCUACCACUAGAUGGCGAUGUCGUCAAGGCAAUUAUCGCUGCAGCUUGGAUGAGUUGAGUAGCUGAAUUGAAAAUGGGUUCAUAUUUUCUGCUACACAGAUUCAUUUGAUGACUCCAGAUAAAGUUAGUCAGUAUGCCAUGGCCAUUGCAUGUGUAAAUCAUGUGUUUUAACUAAUGCCAAUCUUGAACUGAUGCAAUAAAUUCAAACUUUUUGUUUCCCUG